AUGAGUGAAUCAGAAUCAAGCGAGCGCGAACGUGCUGAAAUGGUGGGGUGAAACCCGCCCGACAUUAAAUUUCCAACAAGGUCGAUGACCGUUUGGAAACAGCCGCCUCAUAAAAGUGCUCCAAAAUCGACGAGGAUGAAGUCCUCGGAGAACUUACCAAACUUUAUCAAACCGAAGGAACGGUAAGCGAGUGAAUGCUAAAUUGGCUCCGGCGGAGAUGGGGGGGGGCGGUACUCGACCAAUAUUUGGGUAUAAAUGAGCCGCUGAAGGUUUGAAACCCCGACCCUGUUUACUAAACAUAGUGUUUAGGACAAAAAAUUCCUAAAAUACAUACGCUGUUAAGACAACACCUUCAAUUUUAGUACCCUGUUUAUAAUUAGAACAGACUAGCACAAAUUAUGCACACUGUUUAGGAGAGACUUGCGCGAAAUUGUAUACCCUGUUAGGACAGAGAGGACGAAAUCCAUACCCUGUCCAUAUAAGGGAGUACCCCUUCCCCGGGAAAUUAGCCUCUCUUGUUGACAAAAUGGUCAAAGCAAGCUUCAGUGAAGAGAAAACAAAGGAAAAAUACGAGAAAUACAACACACCAGAAAACUGUAAAAACCGUACAAGCACAAAAGUAAAUCCAGAAAUAUGGAGAAAGGUUAGAUCUAAUACUAGAUCCAGAGAUUUGAGGAUGAAAAACUGGAAACAAACCUUCUUAAGAGCACGAUUCCCCGGCGGCAUUGUCAAAAUUGCUGACAAGUUGCUGGAGUUAAAAUCUAACUCCAAAUCUGCAUCAACGAGUGAUGUGUCUGAGUUCUUGAACUCUCACUAG